AUGAAAAGUAACGAUUCAACAAAAAUCCCCGAAAGUUUAUGUCUUGGAAUUGCUGAACCAAUGGAAAUUAUUUCAAAACAAAAUAAAUUAAAUUUAGAAUUUUAUUCGAGAAAUGAACCAGAAAAUCAUUUUUGGCUUAGUUGGAAUACUAUUGGAUGUGGAGGUGUUAUUACACAAAAUAAUUCUCGAUUAAUAGCCAAUGCUUCAGAAGGGGCUGAUUUCGUGGGGGAGGAUCCUUAUCGAAAAUGUAUUUGGUAUAUUAAGCCACCAAUUGGCUAUAGCAUUCAAGUAAUGAUUGAAAGGAUGCAGACAGAGCCAGUACCUGCUGGACAAAAAUGUUUUGAAGUUCAGCCGGCUGGCUUUACCGGUGGUGAAAAGACUCGUUUGAGGGAUGGUGUUCAGUUUUACGCUGUUGACAGUCAAUUUGCUUUUGAAAGGUUAUCUGGAGGAAAUGAAGAAGAUUUGCCUUUAAAAGCAUUUUGUGGAAAAUUAAAAAAUGUUAGCUUUAAUUGGGGAGGAAAUUCAGCUUCUGCUGGAGGGUUAGCAAUUGUAUUUAGUUAUCAUACAGACACAACAGAAUUAUUAACUGAUACAUUAAUUGGGGCUGCAAUUUUUGGUGAUGGAACAUUUGCUCCUGUUGAUGAUCAAAUUGUUUUUUCUGCAAAAAUUAAUUUUUGGCCUAUUUCCACAGAAGGAAAUGGAGGAGUUAUUUUUGGUUGGAAUUUAAUAAAAUACAGUCGAACUCACUUUUAA